AUGAAAAACGGAGACAAGGAUAUUUCAACUAAGCCCAUUGUCCAUCCAGUGGCUGUAGGUGGUUUUAAUAAGAAAACUGCUUCUUUGUACGAUGCAAGGCGGCCAGAAUAUAGCAGUGAAGCAGUUGAUGCAGUUCUGAAGUAUAUGGAUUUGGACAAUCUGCAACCUUUAGAAAACCUGUCUGCUGAUAUUUUGGAGUUGGGAGCAGGAACUGGAAAGUUUACAAAAUCCAUUCAUUCCAAAAUCAAGAAGUCUGUGAAAUACCUUGCCACAGACCCAAUGGAGGGUUUUCUCGAACAAGCGAAGAUGAAUUGUCCUAACAUUGCAACCAGAGUUUGCCUUGCAGAAGAUCUGCCUUUUCCAGAUUCUUCAAUCAGAUUAGUUGUAGCUGCUCAGUGUUUCCACUGGUUUGCAUCAGAUACCAGCUUGCAAGAGAUUCAUCGAAUUCUUGUCCCUGGGGGAAAAUUCAUUUGUCUGUGGAACAACCGUGAUGUUUUCUAUUCCUUGGAUUAA